AUUCAAAAGCACCAAACCCCAACAAUGGCGACGGCGACGACGCACAAUCCCCUUCCUCCACUGCUGCUCCUGCUGCUGCUCCUGAUCACCACCACCACUACCGCCGCCGCGUCCGGUUCUUCUUCGGAGACGGGGGAGUUGUGGUGCGUGGCGAAGAACAACGCGGAGGACGCGGCGCUGCAGGCGGCGCUGGACUGGGCCUGCGGGCCGGGCGGGGCGGACUGCCGGCCCAUCCAGCCGGGUGGCGCCUGCUACGAGCCCGACGACAUCCAAUCCCUCGCCUCCUUCGCCUUCAACGACUACUUCCUCCGCUCCCCCCGCCCCGACGCCUCCGCCUGCGACUUCUCCGGCACCGCCGCCCUCACCUCCCUCAACCCCGGUCAUGGUAGCUGUAUAUUCCCGUCCAGUUCAUCCGCAAGAAAUGGAAAUUUUACUGGAAGGAGCGAGGGAUUGGGCCCGUCCAGCGCCGAUUUAAGUGGAGGUCUACAGAUUAAAAUAUCACCAUGGCCCUCAAGCAUAGCCCUUUUUGUGCUCCUUAUUGCCACAAAUAUUUGGGAUGAACCAAACGAGACCACAUCCAACUGUUAUGGUUAAUGCUAUUACUGUAAUUAGUUGUUGGACCUCAAAAACUUAUACAUGAUAUUUCAAACUCAAGAAAAGCUUAAAUGGCGUAUCAGAGGGAAAUUACAUGGUGGCAUAUCUCCCCUGUAUACGGAGAUUAGAAUCUCUCUCUCUCUCUCUCUCUGUUCGUCUGAUUCAGUUAACAGAACAGGAGGAGAAUUGAGCCAAUAAAUAACAUUAGGUGGGUGCCUGUAUUAUAUCAUGUUUCAUAUCUGAACUAUAGUACUUGUAAAUGAGCAGAGCCCUUUAAGUUUUUGAUUUGGUCAUAACAGAUAAAAUCUUCUAUGGUUAUGCGGAUUUGCACU